ACAGAUUUAUUCUGUUUGAGUGAAGGUUUCUCUUUCUUAAAACCCUCUGAUUUCACUCCUCAACCUCAAAUUCGGAAUCCGUUCUCACCCUGCAUCUCAAUUGUUUGGUCGGUCACCGGUUGCUGACGUUGCUGGUUGCUGAUCACCGUUUCUUUUUUCAUCUAGGAUUGAAAUGCUAUUUUCACGAACCUGAGGAUUCAAAGUUCUUGUCCUGGUACAGUGUUACAAGUUCGUGAUGGAUUUGAGGUUUAACAGUAAUAAAUGGGUUGGGAAUAUUUACCAGAAGUUUGAAGCAGUGUGCCACGAGGUGGAUGAUAUUGUAGGACAGGAUGCUAAAAAAUAUCUUGAGAAUCAGGUCCAGAAUGUUGGAGAUAGUGUGAAAAAGUUUUAUUCUGGAGUUGUACAUGAACUACUUCCCUUAGAUUCAUUGGCCAGUUCAAAAUAUGAAGAUCAUCUUCUGGUAGCUGAGACAAAUAACAUUGACUUUUCAGUAGAUUCUGUUUGUAAAGAUAAUAAUAAAGAAAGGGAUGAGGAAAAUCCCAUCAAUCAUUAUUAUGUGGCAUUUAUGAAUUCCAAUGCCACUGAUAUUGCUGACCAUAAGCAACAUGGUGUUCCUGUCAAGAACAUCCAUGAAUCGGGUUCAGUUUCCCUGGGGUUGGAAGGUUCUUGCAUCACCAAGGAAGAAGUUGGUGUUGACUCAAGAGGAACUUCCGAGUCUAAGAAAGAAAACUUCCACAUCAGCUUUGAAGAGGUUGCCAUUGGUAGUGCUGAUUAUAAUCAAGAUGGUGUUCCUGUCAAGAACAUCCCUGCAUAUCAAGAGAGUGAUGAAUCGUGCUCAGCUUCCCUGGAGUUGGAAGAUUCUUACAUCACUCAGGAAGAAGUUGGUGUUGACUCAAGAGGAACUUCUGAGUCUGAGAGAGAAAACUUCCACACCUGCUUUGAAGAGUUUGCUGUUGAGUCUGAUCCUAAACCAAUGAACUUGAUGUCUCUUGGAGAGAAAGAAUCCCUGGAAUUCUCUAUGCACAGUGAAUCUUCUUCUUUUGACAGUGGAUGGGAAGUUUCAAUCAAAACAAAGGUUAACAUAUACAUGAAUGCAGAGAAAAACUCAUGUCUGAUUGCUGAUGAAAAUGCUAUGAAUUCAUCCUCCUCCAAGGUGUGGAGUCCCCAGAGUCUUGAUGAGGAAACUCCCAUUAAUUAUUUUUGUUUGGCAUUGCGCGAUACUAAUGCCAUGGAUAUUGCUGAUAUUCAGAAAGUUGGUGUUCAUACCAGGAACGUAAAUCAAGUUAGUGAUGAAUCUUGCACAGUUUCCCUAGAGGUGGAAGAUUCUUACAUUUCUCAGGAAGAGGUUGGUGAUGACUCCAGAGGAACUUCUGUAUCUACAAAAGAAAAUAUCCAUACAAGCAGUGAAGUGGUUGCUCUUGAAUCUGUUCCUAAACCAUUGAACAUGAUGUCUGUUGGAGAGAAAGGACCCCUGGAAUUCCCUAUACACAGUGAACCAUGUUUUGAUUCUUUUGAAAGUGGAUACAAAGUUUCAAUCAGAACAAAGGAUAACAGAGAUGUGAAUCCACGUCAAAAUUCAUGCUUGAUUGUUGAAAAAAAUGCCCGGAAUUCAUCCACAUCCCAAUUAUUGAGUUCCCAGUCUCUCGAUGAGAAAGAAUCAACUAAUGUCUCCUUGCUUAGGGAAUCAUCUAAUGCUUACCAGAACACACAUGGUAUACUAGCUGAAGUUUCACCUGAUGUUUCAGUGUCGAGUGAAAGGCCUAUGACAAGGACAGAACCUUCAUGCUCCAGUAGUUCCUAUGAAAAUGAAUCUUGCAAAAGAAAUCCAGGUGAUGCUUCUCUGUGUGCUACUUCAGAUAGUUUCGUUUUGCCUGUAUGUUGUGAAUCUUCCACCCAUCCAGCUCGUGAAGUCAUGGAACCUCAGGGUGGUCUCGUGUUCUCUGGUUUCUGUCAAUCUAUGGGAUCAAAAGAUAAAUCACUGGUGUGUUCUCUUGAAUCCUGCACGGAAGUCAUUCAAUUGAAUGAUGAUCCGAAGGUUGACAAAAACUGUGUAAAUGUGGACGAUAGUGAACUGCAUGCAGUUGCCUGUAGAACUCGAAAGCUUCGAUCAUAUAAGAAAAGAAUCCAGGAUGCAUUUGCUUCAAAGAAGAGGUUAUCCAAGGAGUAUGAGCAGUUAGCAAUAUGGUAUGGAGACUGUGAUAUUGAGCCUAGAAGAGACUUUUUGGAAACUUUAUUACCAUUAAGCAUCAGAACGGAUGUGGAAUCGAAGAAUGUCCAAGAGCAGCAUGAUUCAGAGAGUGAGUGGGAGCUGCUCUAAAUACAAUUAGACUUCAUGUAAAUAAUGACAGACCAAUUGCUUUGGCUCUUCAUUUUUGGCAUGUGGAAGUUCUUACUGAAAACUACAUUGUUUCGGUUUCCAUGAAGAAAUGGUAAUAAUAAAUUGUGAUGAUAAUUUUUGCA